GCCCGAUUCGCUGCAGACUCUUUCUGCAGGUCCCAGGACUGGCUCAGUUUCUCCUGUUUCUCGCUUCCGUCCUCCUCAGCUCCUGCCCCGGCCAUGACCCAGCACUUCUCCCUGGCCGACUGCGACGCGGUCGGCUUUGACCUCGACCACACGCUGUGUCGCUACAACCUGCAGGAGAGCGCCUCGCUUAUCUAUAAUAGCUUUGCUCAGUACUUGGUAACAGAGAAGGGAUAUGAUAAAGAAUUGCUAACUGUACCUCCAGAGAGCUGGGAUUUUUGUUGCAAGGGCUUGGCAUUGGAUCUGGAAGAAGGAAAUUUUAUUAAACUUGCAGUUGAUGGAACUGUUUUGAGGGCAAGCCAUGGCACCAAGGUGAUGACUUCUGAAGAGCUGAUAGAAAUAUUUGGAAAGAAGAAAUGGAAACACUUUACUGACUCUUUAAUGGCUUCUCGCACAGCAAAAUAUUAUUUCUUUGACAACUACUUUGACCUUCCUGGAGCCCUUCUCUGCGCCAGAAUUGUAGAUUGCUUAACCAGGGAAGGUAACCAGGAAACAUUUGAUUUUUGGAAGGAUAUUCUUGCUAGUAUACACCAUAAUUAUAAAAUAACAGCUUUUAAAGAAAACUCUGGAUUGUAUUUCCCAGAAAUUAUAAGUGAUCCAGGAAGAUAUUUGAUGAUUUGUUCACAAUCUGUGAAAAAGUGGCUUUAUCAGCUGAAGAAUGCUGGAAAGUUUCUCUUUAUUAUGACAAAUUCACACAGUGACUACUGCAGACUUCUCUGUGAGUACAUUAUUGGGAAUGAUUUUACAGAUAUUUUUGAUAUUGUGAUUUCAAAUGCUUUGAAGCCUGGUUUCUUCUCCCAUCAACCAAAUAAGAGACUGUUCCGAACGCUUGAGAAUGAUGAGGAACGAGGUACUCUGCACUCUCUAGACAAGCCUGGCUGGUAUUCCCAAGGAAAUUCUGACCAUCUGUACAAACUUUUCAAGAAGAUGACUGGCAAGGAACAGCCCAAGGUUGCUUAUUUUGGUGACAGCAUGCAUUCAGAUAUUUUCCCAGCCUGUCACUACAGUAACUGGGAGACGGUCCUCAUCUUAGAAGAGCUCAGAGAGGACGAAGGCAUGGCGUCUGAAAGAGAAGAACCUUUGGAGAAGAAAGGAAAGUAUGAGGGGCAGCAAAAAAAGCCUUUAAAUUCAUUUUCUAAAGAAUGGGGCUCUUUAUUUGUUGAUGGCAACCUGGGACUGGAAAGCUCUGCAAAUUCAUUCACGUGGUUUUGUAAGCAAAUUCAUCAUUACAGCACUAUUGCGAUCCCAAGUCUGGAAGCUAUAACAGAUUUACCCUUGGACUACAAAUUUACCAGAUUCUCUCCUAACUCAAAAACAGGUGGUUACUAUCCCAAACCCCCAUUGGCCUUAUUAUCAAAUGGAGAGUCGGUGACCACCAAAUAAGUCUUCCAUUUUUUCUGAAAGAAAGGACAACAAACCAGUGCUAUCAAAAUCGUAAUUCAUGAUGAAGAACACCCAGCGCAAUGUUUUAUCUGUAGCUAAAUACAAAGAGCCAUCAUUUGUCCUUCAAACUCCUUUUUGUAUCACCUGCAUUGGCUUGAAAACUGUCAUUGCAUUAACUACUUUUUCAUUUGUAUGAACUGUUUUACCUGAUACCAUUGUUCUGUCUCAAGUUCAAUCACUUUAAAUGAUUUUACUCUUAAUUCUACAAUUAAGACAGUGUGUCCUGUGUUCUGUUGAUACCUAUUUCAUACCAGUUGUUCUUUGUUACAAGAUUAUUAGAUCAGAACCAAAAAUUUAAAUGGGAGUUUGCAAUCCAUUUCCUGGCUUCUCCUUCCAUAGCAUGUUAAUUCUUGCCUACCAGGGACAAGGACCCAGUGCUCAUGUUGGAAAAUAUUGAUAGCUUACAUUGAUCUACUUAAGGUAUAGCAAGGAGUUUAGUCAGAGAAAUCAUACAAUGAAAACAAUUAGAAGAUGAUAAGUAUUUUAUUAGUUAAAUAAAAUACUAAAAUCUCGGGCACACUUGGGACAGGGGGAGAAAUGUGACUCAGGGUUGUUAUAUAGUUUUAACAGCAUUCACCUAAAAAUUAUUUGCUUAACUGAAACCCAGUUUGAUAGUGACAGCUGUAGGAUGAUGUUUUCACACCUGCAUCUCAGUGGAGAAGUUUCACAAUUAUUAGUCAUCACCACUCUAAAGGAAAACCGAAAGUAUGAUAUCUUCAAUUUUACUAAACAAUAUCACUGGCCCAUACAUAGAACAUGAGAUAGCUUAGAGAAGGCUUUAGUUGCAUUUCCACAUGUGAACUUAGCCAUAUAAUCAAAGAAUGUUUCUUCUCUGUACCUCAGUGAGGCCUCUAGUUUCAGUCAAAAAUAAAGCUUUUCUUUUUCAGAAA